AACUAGUUCAGAGCUCAAACAGAUACAGAAGAAAAGAAGAGGAAGACGACUCAACAAAUAAGAGUUUUUAGUAAAAUUAGGAGAAACAAAAUGCGAGCCACGUGCGCUUUUCUCUUCUUACUAAUUCGUCUUCUGAUUCUCAAUUUGCCCAAUUUGUUUGUAUAUAAACUUCUCUUUUCCUCUCUUGUUUCGGUUUUUCAUCUUUUUUUCACAAUCUGUUUCUUAGUUUCUUUCAUCUUACGUCUUUUGCUUCCAAGUUCGAGAGAAAAGGUGAAAGCUUUCUUCUUUACUCCGAUCAGCGUUUUCUUUUCCCUCCAAUCAACGUUUUCUGUGUUGCUGAGUAGCGACGGCAUCGGAAUUGUUUCUUGAAUCGACUAUAGGUGGUAGAUAACUUCGUAAGAUGUCAACAAGUUGCAAAAGGUGCCACCUUUGUGAGAAAGAGUUACUCAAUUAUGCAAUCGAGUUCUGUUGCCAAAAGUGUGAGCGAUUGUGUUGUGGUUUGUGCCCUCGUUCUCAUACUGUGUAUAGUGAGAAGGAAGAAGAAAGAUGCGAGAGGCUAUGCAAACCUUGUCGCGGAGCGGAUUCAGAAGGAAAGCGCUACGACUUGCCUUCUUCAUUGGCAACUGACACGACUCGGGUUGAAAAUCUUGCUUCUAGGGAUGAGAAUUCUGUGGCACAAUCACUUGAUUUUGUGAACACCGAAUCUCUGUGGGAUCUUCCAGUGUUGAACCGCCAAGUGGACUACUUUAGUGAAGAAGAAGAAGACGAAGAAUACUCUGCUAACGAGUUUUCACACGCUCGACUUCACCCUAUUAAAGCUAUGGCAAAGGACCAGCUUCGAUCUGUUGUUGCAGGGUUAUUAGUAUCAGACAAUAGGGAAUGGCUGGACAUUAUUACUAGUUUGGCAUGGAAAGCUGCCAAGUAUAUUAAGCCAGAUACUAGCUACAGAAGCAUGGAUCCUAGAACCUACGUGAAAGUAAAGUGUAUUAACUCAGGAAACCUAAAUCAGAGUUGCUUCAUUAAGGGAAUCGUCUGUAGCAAGAACAUCAGCAACAAAAAAAAGAAUGUUGAACAGCAAACAACCAAGUUAAUGAUUUUAGCUGAGUCUGUCAAACAUAAGACCGUAGCUUGCCAACUAAGUUUCUUUAAAGAUUUACUCCCACAGGAACAGGCUUGUGUGAGAAUGAUAAAGGAACGCUUGGCUUCACUGCGUCCUGACAUUCUACUAGUCGAAAAAAGUGUAACCUCUUAUGUCUAGGAAUAUCUGCGUCCUGAGAUUCCUGUGGUGGUUUGCAUGAGUGUUUUUCUUUGGAAUUUUUGACCCUAUAGCCUAUGAUUGACUCAUUUUCUUUCCACAGGUCUCUGUUAAAGGCUGUAAAGAGUCCAAUCGUUACUAAAUGGUGAUGAAAAAUCUCUUUUACAAUAAAAAUAUCUCAAAAGUGUAUGAUCUGAAGGGAUCAGAGCGGUCAAGGUUCAAUUCAAACACCUCUGGACGAAACAAAGUUCUGCUCGACUCGAACUUACUGAAGGAAGACUUCAUCUUCGUUGAAAAAAAUGCCAAGAGACGCAUGUUGAGGGCCAUUUGGAAUGAUACCUGCUUCUUAUCGGUUGAAAUAACAUUAAAUCUGAUGUGUAGAGGGUUAAUGUGAUGGACUAUUCACUUCUAGUCGGACUGGACGAGGAACGCAAAGAGCUUGUCGUUGAUAUGGUUGACUAUUUGAGAGAAUACACAAUCCGCGGAAAAGUAGAGUCUACGGUGAAAGCUUCAGGUGUACUUGGUGGUGAACGAGAACCUCCAACUGUAAUCCCACCUGAAAAGUACAAAAAGAGGUUCAGAAAGGCUAUUUGCAGGUAUUUUGUUUCCCUUCAUCCUUGAUCCAUUGAUGUGGCACUGGAGCUUCUGUUUUUUACCAUUUUGUUACCUUAGUGAUUGUAUAUCACUGGAGAUGUGGAACCAGUCAUUUUUAUGUGUGAAAUAGGGAAAUUAGGACAUGUGAUUGUCUACCGAAGCAAGUACAAUAUUUGACGUUUUAUGAAUAGUUGGGCUUAUUGUU